AUGGCCGGCGGCGGCGGUGGAGGGGACUCCCAGACUCUGCAAGAAACGCCGACAUGGGCGCUCGCCGCCGUCUGCGGUGUCUUUAUCGCCAUUUCUAUCGUCAUAGAACAAGGCAUUCAUAAGCUUGGAGAGUGGUUCAAGAAGAAGCAGAAGAAGGCGAUGAUGGAAGCGUUGGAAAAAAUAAAGGCAGAAUUAAUGCUGUUAGGGUUCAUAUCCUUAUUGCUCACUGUGAGCACCACGCUCGUUGCCAGAAUAUGCAUUCCGCCCCAUUUCGCACACACCUGGCUUCCCUGCCCACAUGAUUCUUAUAAUCGGCACCGUCUUUUACUUUCCUUUAAUGUCACCGGAGAUGUCUUGCACCGCCGGUUUUUGGCCGGAGUUGACGACGAGAAGGAUUAUUGUGGGUCCAGGGGGAAGACAUCGUUGAUAUCGUACGCAGGGGUGCACCAAUUGCACAUAUUCAUCUUCGUCCUUGCCGUAAUGCACAUUGUUUACAGCGUCGUCCUUGUCCUUUUGGGCCAACUCAAAAUGAGGAGAUGGAAGACAUGGGAAUUGGAAACCUCAUCCCUAGAGUAUGAAUUAUCAUAUGAUCCGAGUAGAUUCAGAUACGUUCAUCAAACAUCCUUUGUGAGGCGUCACUCGGGACUCUCCACAAUCCCUGGGAUCAAGUGGAUUGUAGCCUUCUUCAGGCAAUUCAGUGGUUCCAUAUCCAAGGUUGAUUACUUGACAAUUCGAAAUGGAUUCAUCAAAGCACAUUUUGCUCCAAAUGCUAAGUUCAAUUUUUAUAAAUACAUUAAAAGAUCCAUGGAGGAUGACUACAAAAGGGUGUUAGGUAUAAGCCUCCCUUUAUGGAUCUCAGCCACUAUCUUUUUGCUCGUCAAUAUCCACAAAUGGCAUAUAAUUGCGUGGAUAGCACUAGCCCCUGUUGUGAUACUUGUGUUAACCGGAACCAAGCUUGAGCUAGUGAUCAUGGAGAUGGCACAACAAAUCCAAGACAAGACUAAUGUUGUUAGAGGAGCACCAAUUGUUGAACCAACCAAUGACUUCUUCUGGUUCAGCAAACCUCACUUGAUUCUUUUCUUAAUACAUUUCUCUUUAUUUGAGAAUGCGUUUCAAAUGGCAUACUUCUUAUGGUCUUUGUGGCAAUUUGGAAUCACAUCUUGUGUACAUGAUAACAUAUAUUCAAUUGUGCUGAGAGUUUGCCUAGGGGUGAUCCUCCAUGUCUUGUGCUCAUACAUUACAUUCCCUCAUUAUGCCCUAGUAACACAAAUGGGAUCACACAUGAAGACUGCAAUAUUUGAAGAGCAAACAGCAAAGGCUGUGAAGAAAUGGCAAAAGGAAGCGAAACAAAGGCAGAAGAAACGCAGUAGUCCAACUUCUCCUAGUCCUCAAAACACUAGUACCAGCAGGGACUCUUCCCCUUCUUAUUUGCUUCACAACUUAAACAACUCUUCAUCGGCUCAUCCUCCUAUGGGGUAUUGCUUCCCACUUUCUCCAACAAGGUCUUGAUACAUAUAUAUAUUAUUUAAUUUUCUUGUGUAUAACAUAUAUAU